AUGCAAAUAUCGCUAUCUCCCCAGGCUGCUCGUGAUGAGGGUGAAGCAACCUCUUUAAUCAGAGCAUCCACCGAAGACCCAUGCUUUCCCCAAAAUAUCGAGUCGAAGGGAGAAACCAGCUUGUUAAAGCCAAUGGGAACAGCAAUGGAACCUUCCGUGCUUUAUCUGGCGUAUGGCUCCAAUCUGGCUUCUGCUACGUUUCUUGGCAUGCGUGGUAUAAAGCCGCUCUCGCAGAUCUCAGCCCUCGUACCGGGGCUUUGUCUUACAUUUGACAUGCUUGGAUUUCCAUAUGUUGAACCAUGCUUUGCUGGUACUAGAUUUCGUGGUCUUGAUUCUGAAGGCACAACCUUGACUUUUGGGAACGACGACCAGGAUUAUGAGUUCAUCUCGACGCGCGAAGAUCUAGAGAAGGCCACAAUGCGACAAUACACUUGGUCUAAGCCUUUAGUGGGAGUAGUCUAUGAAGUAACAUUAGCCGACUAUGCGAAGAUCAUCGCUACGGAAGGAGGCGGUCGUGGAUACCAAGAUGUCCUUGUUGACUGUUACCCCUUUGCUGAAGACUAUAAGCCAACAGACCCGGUGCCUGACAUCCCUCAAACUAAGGUGUUCAAGGCACACACUUUAUUUUCACCAAUUAGUGAUGAAGCCCAGAGCACGCAGUCUCACAAGUGGCGACUGAACCCUAACUACGGUCAACCAUCUUCUCGUUAUAUUAAUCUCAUCAUCACUGGUGCCAAAGAGCAUGAUUUGCCAGUUUCGUAUCGGGAUUAUCUUGAAGGGAUACAUACGUAUCAUAUUACCACCAUCCGUCAGAAAAUCGGAAGAGGGUUAUUCCUGUUGCUGUGGGGACCUACCCUCAUGUCCUUAAUGUUCAUCUCAAAGCUGAUGGCUGGUCCUGAUGGACGUUGUCCUUCAUGGCUGAGAUCACUGACGAGUUUCGUUGUCGAAGCAAUGUGGACCAACUAUCACUCUUUCUUCAAGCCAAUCUUUGGUGACGGUGAGCGGACAAUACAUGAUCCCUUGCCGAUAUAA